UUCCCGCUUGGAUGAAAUAGUAAACAUCGAAUUGUUUAACCAAAUGUGAUAGCGUCUACCACGAUUCUGCAACCCGAUCCUUUCAAGAAUGCACGAGAAAACGGAUAUGUUUUGCCCUUUGUGCUACAGUAAUUACGGGACUGGAUUUCCUCAGAGAAUUCCGAGAGAGCUCGAUUGUAGACAUACAUUUUGUACAGAGUGCCUUCUCAAGCUACAAGAACUUCAGGGCUCAGUCAUAGAAUGUUCUUCUUGUAAACUGCGCACCCUCUUACCUGCCAAUGGUGUAGAUGGACUUGGUAAAAACAUGGAUCUCUUAAGAGCAGUAUUACAAUCUGAGGAGGAGGAACAGAAAUUGUGCAACUUUUGCAUUCAGAAAGUUUACCCUCCUAAACCAGCGACAUUUCAUUGCUCAGAUUGUGAAGUAUUCAUGUGUGGUAGUUGUUCUGACAACAUCCACUCACAGUUGGAGUUCCGUUGCCAUGACAUUAAUAGGGCAACUGGUGUUAAAGAUGGUGUGGGGGAUGAUACAAGCACUUCUCGACCUUCAUCAAGUCUUUCAACUUUAAGUCAACGCUCGUUAGGACUCAGACCAGGAUUAAAUAACAGACCAUCAAGCUUGUUACUGAAUUAUUCAGCAAUACCUGAAUGCCCCAUUCACAAAGAGAAGACCAAGUACUACUGUCGAAAUUGCAGAUGUCUGUGCUGCGCAUCCUGCCACAGAUACGGCAGCCAUAAAAACCACAGUUGUUUCCAGGUCCAUGAGGCUGAAGAAAAGGAGAGAAAAGCACUUGUGAAAUUACAAACACAAGUUGAACAGCGUGGUGCAAAAAUUAUAAAGGCUAGAGGAGAAGUACAACAAACUAUUGAAGAAGUGAAGAAGAAUACAAUUGAAGUAAAGGACAUAGCACGGAGAUACUACAGAGAGCUACGUGCAGCCAUUGAUCAAGCAGAGACAAUUUUGAUGGAGGAUAUCAACAAGAGAAGUGAUGUGAAGCUGAAAGCUUUAAAUGAACAGCUCAGUCAAAUGAUUGAGAUCUCAAGCCUGACGACCACUGCAUGUAGAAACUGUGACAAUGCUCUGAGUCUGGACUACUACGAAAUGCUGAUGCUAAAGAAAGACGUGGAAACAGAAAUAAUGAGUGUACUAGAAAUGUUAUGUGAGAUAAACCCUGUGGCUGAAGCUGAUCUGGGCUGUCAGUUUCCUAAUCACGAAAAACUUUUGAGUAACAUUCGAAGCUGUGCGAAGCUUGUUUUACCUCCGGGGCCUCCAGAGAAGCUGACGUGUAAAAUAACAGACAAUUACAACGUGCAUGUGAAAUGGGAUCCGCCAGAAGAUAACUUGUUCCUGUAUCCAGUACUUUGUUAUAUUCUGCAAAGCAGCUCAGGUCCUGAUAAUAGUUUUGUAACUAUAUACAAAGGGAAGGAGUCCUCCCUCACAAUAGACAAGAUUGCAGCUAAUUUAGCCGUCGGUAAACAAGUGCAGUUUCGCGCAUGUGCUCUAAACCUGAUUGGGCAGGGGCCUUGGGGGUUCCCUUACGGGAUCAAAAUACCCGAGUGAAUGAUGACGUCACUCCUCAGUAACUGCCUUUUACUUAAGUCGGCGACACUAUGAAGGAGUUCUAGGAGAUUUCUUCGACCAUUCCUGUGCGUAAAUAAGCAAUUUUGUCGCUUAGAUAAAAGAAUAUUCAUCAUCACUUUCAGAAAAUCUAAACACUCAAACUCCACGUCCUUUUCACUAAUGGCGUGCUUCUUCGCUCGUCCUCAUCUCUCUUCCGGCGAAGGCCAAUGAGAGAAUACUGGGGACCGCCAGUAAGGUCUUCCUUUACCGUGUGCUGUGCACCGCGGAAUUUUGCUCCGACAAAAUAAAGGAACACCUGAUCGUGUGUUGUGAGAUUUAUUAUUAGUGUACUUAAAAUUAUUUAGAUCAGCACAAAUUUGCUGUCGCAUGAAUCAAUACGGAGAGGAUAUGAGGAAUCAGUGUUCAUACAUAGCCAACGAGAGUUUAAAGAUUAAAAUCAGAAGUCUAUCAUAUUUUCGU